CUCGAAACAGGAAGCAGGACACCAGCCGCGCCUGCGCAGUGGCUCUCUCUGGGUCCCUGUAAAGAUGUCUGAGCAGGCGGGGAGGGAGCGGAGCGGAGGACCCGAAACAAACGGACAGAACCAGCGACUCUCCGCAACUUAACCGGUCAAGGUAGGUGAUGUGUUUCUGACGAGCUGCGGAGAUGUCCAAUGACAGCCAGGGAUCGGUGAAGGGGGAGGCGACCAUAACAGCGUCCCCCUCUGGCUCCACCUCCUCUCAGGACCCACCCCUUUCCCCUUCCACCACUGCCAAACCACCAGAGCUCCCAGAUGAGUUGGUCCAGGCUGGAUGGUCUAAGUGUUGGUCUCGGAGGGAGAACCGACCGUAUUACUUCAACAGAUUCACCAAUCAGAGCUUGUGGGAGGUGCCGGUGCUGGGCCAGCAUGAUGUAAUCUCUGAUCCUUUAGGUCUGAACGCGGCGCCAGCAGAGGGUGGAGCCGGAGAAGGUAACCUUGGUAAUGGUCAGAGGAAGAGGAGGAUCUCUGAUGAACAGGGGGCGGGGCUUAACAGCAUCAAACGAGUCAAGGCGGAGCCGACAACGCCCAUUUCUCCCAGCACGCCCGGCGCCAAACAAUGGAGCUCUGCCCCUGAGGACAAACUGACCCUGCCGGCCACGCCCACAACCCCAAGCCCCGCCCCCGCACCCUACAGACCAGCUGUGAUCUACUGGGAUCUGGACACCCAGACCAACGCUGUGAUCAGAGACACCCCCCCCCACCACCUGCCCCCCCACCCUGAGAUCGAGCUGCAGAGAGCGCAACUCGUCACCAAACUGCGCCAGCACUACCACGAGCUGUGCCACCAGAGAGAAGGUAUCGAUCCUCCGCGGGAGUCGUUUAACCGCUGGCUGCUGGAGAGAAAGGUGGUGGACAAAGGUCAGGACCCGUUACUGCCGAGCGACUGUGACCCCGUCAUCUCACCGUCCAUGUUCAGAGAGGUCAUGAACGACAUUCCCAUCAGAUUGUCUCGUAUCAAGUACAAAGAAGAAGCCCGGAGGCUGCUGUUUAAAUACGCUGAAGCUGCCAAGAAGAUGAUCGACUCCAGGAAUGCGAGUCCAGAGAGCAGGAAGGUGGUGAAGUGGAACGCCGAGGACACCAUGAGCUGGCUGCGCAGAGAUCACUCCGCCAGCAAAGAGGACUACAUGGACCGUCUGGAGCACCUGAGGCAGCAGUGCGGUCCUCACGUCACCGCCGUGGCCAAGGACUCAGUGGAGGGAAUCUGCUCUAAGAUCUACCAGCUGUCUGCAGAGUACAGUCGCCGGCUGAGGCAGACGCACCUGAGUCUGCUGCAGGACCCGCCCACUACAGAGGUGUGUGCGUCCUCCCAGCAGUCGCGGCUGGUCUACUGUUACCCGGUGCGUCUGGCCAUCCCGUCGCCGCCGCUGCCUCGAGUCGAGCUGCACUUUGAGAACGACAUGGCGUGUCUGCGCUUCAAAGGAGAGAUGGUCAAACUCAACAGAGGACACUUCAGCAAACUGGAGUUGUUGUACAGGUACAGCUGUAUAGACGACCCGCGCUUUGAGAAGUUUCUGCCCAGAGUCUGGUGCCUCCUCAAGAGAUACCAGGUGAUGUUUGGCAGUGGCGCCAACGAGGGGACGGGUCUGCAGGGGGCGCUGCCAGUGCCGGUGUUCGAGGCGUUGGUCCGACAGUUUGGAGUUUCCUUCGAGUGUUUUGCUUCGCCGCUCAACUGCUACUUCAAACAGUUUGGCUCCGCCUUCCCAGACACAGACGGCUUCUUCGGAUCCAGAGGGCCCUUCCUAACUUUCUGUCCAGUCAGCGGCUCGUUUGAAGCAAACCCUCCGUUCUGUGAAGAGCUGAUGGAUGCCAUGGUGACGCACUUUGAGGGCCUGUUGGAGAAGUCCUCUGAACCUCUGUCCUUCAUUGUCUUCGUCCCUGAGUGGCGUGACCCCGUGACCCCAGCUCUCACCCGCAUGGAGGCGAGUCGCUUCCUUCGGCACCAGCUGACCAUCUCUGCCUACGAGCACGAGUACCGCUCGGGCAGCCAGCACAUCUGCAAGAGAGAGGAGAUGUACUACCGGGCGGUACACGGUACUGCGGUCCUCUUCCUCCAGAACGAUGCUGGUUUUGGGAAGUGGGCUCCGACUGCGGAGCGUCUGGCCGAACUGAUGGCGGCGUACCGCCCCUCCACCUCCCGCCCCUCCACCCUGUCCUCUCCUGGCCCCGCCCCCGUUGCUCCUGGAGACAAAGACUCCACCCCCAAGGCAGCUGACAUGACGCAGAGCUCUGUGACGUCACCGGGUGGCCAUGACGACAACAACAACAACAACAACAACAACAGCAGCAGUAGUAGCAGCAGCAGCAGUCCCCAAGACAAGAUGGCCGCCGUGUAGAGGAAACGGCGUCGGUCCAGAUUGUCCCUCACCAGCACCUGUAGCACACCCUCCGCUUCUGUCGACACCCACAAUGCUGUUCUGCCGCCGCCUGCAGGGGGCGGGGCGGGGCCCAAGUUAACCUUUUCUCCCUUCACAGCGGCUCUUCUGAUUGGUUGAGAGCUCUUUCUUUAAACCUGCAUUGACAAUAACACAAACCUCUUCAUUCACCUGUGAUGUCACCUGUGAUGUCACUGGAGGACCUGUGAUUGGUUAACAAGGCAGCUAUCGUUUCUAUUGGACUCGUGUUUCUGGAGAGAGUCGGUCUGAAGCCCCGGCACACGGUUUGACUUCUGCAGCGGCGCUACUAGUCGUACGUCUGCCUUUUAUUGGCCAGUCUUUGUAGAAGCGUGCUGCGUGCUGAUUGGCUCACUGACGCUGAUGAGAUUUAUCCAUACUCAAUACUUUAGAGGCAAACCGCUCUGUGCCUAAAAAGUAUUGAAUUGGGUACCCAUCCCUAUGUAUCCUAGCAACAGUUAGUACCAGGCAGGCGCAGAGCGUACGUGGUCUUCACGAUGUUUUAGGGGAACUUUUUGGCCGAGACAAAAGCAACGUGCGGCGACGUCAGAGUCGUCUGCUUGGUGUGUCGUUGGGACUCAGACUGGUCAGCGAGGUCACCAGUCCCAUCAGACUUCCUGUGGUGUCAUUAUUAAACAGGAAGUGGUCAGAGACGUGUUGGACAGUUUAGGCUAGAAGGGAUACAGCUACGGCGACGACAGUUAUGUUUAGAGAUACUGUAUACCAUAUACCGAUACCGAGCUCGGGGAAAAGCCUGAGUAUGUGAAACUACACACCGAUCCGAUAUCUUAAAGACCCUCAAAAAAUAUUCCUUAAAGUAGUUUAUUGAGUUUGAUGGCGUUCAUUCUCUGUAUUUGUUCAUGUUUUACAAAGAGUUUAUCAUGACUCAACGAAAACAACCCUAUCUCAUCCGUACAGGGUUAUACACUCGCCCUGGUAUUACUGUAUGAUCCUUAGUGCAACGUGCGUCAGUAGCUGUAUCCCUUCUAGCCACGGCCUCUGUCUCCGUGUGACCCCGGUCGCCCGGCAACGUGUACAUACUGUACAGUUAAACUGAUAUGAAGUCUGUUGGUUGUUAAAACACGUUGAAUUGUUCUUUUUUUAUUUGAUUUAAUUUAACAUUUUUUAAAGAGAUGAUCUGUUUUCUGUAAUAUACAGUUUAUGAUAGUUUGUUUCAAACUAAACCAAAGUGUUAUUAAGAAGAUGUAUAUCCUGUAUGUGUGUAUUCAUCAGUAAUGUCGGGAUCCUCCUCCUCAUUAUUUUACUCUUCUCUUCAGUAACUCUUUUGGUUUUUAUGGGUUUUUCUUGUGCAUGAAAUCUUUUGGACUUUAAAUAAUGUUCGUAAUCCUGAAUGUGUUUUUCAGGCCGAGUCUUCAGGCCGCGUGAUGUCACUGCGUCUUCGCUGUCCGGCGCUGCGUCUCCGGCGCCUGGCGCUGCCUACCGGCUGCUGCGUCCGUGGUUGCGUCUGGCGUCUCCGCCGCUGCGUCCGUGGUUGCGUGUGGCGAGCCCUGCAUCGUCUACAACGCUGCGACAUGAAAUAUUUCUUCAACUUUUAGUUUGAACAAAGUUUUCUUUAAAGGAGCACUCUAGCAUUUCAACUUCACUGUAAAUCUGGAGCUAAGCUAGCAGAUUGUACUAAGCUAGGCUAACGUUGGACUGUCCCUUUUUAAUAUUUCAGGUUCUGGUGAUUUGUAUAAAAGCUCUCUCGUAAUCACAAGAACAUUUGAUUCGUUUUCUGGUCAUUAUGACUUCUGCGUCUCAUAAUCUCAAGAAAACUAUUUUCUCAUUUUUAUAAUUCAUACAAAGAAUAAAUACGGACUAAAGUUCUUGUAAUUAGGAGAUGAAUGUGUUUCCCUACCCAACAGUUUUCUUGUAAUUAUGACCUUAUCUUUCCUAAUAAUAAUAUCAGGAAGACGUUGGUCUCUUAACUCGGAGGAAAUGUUUAAAGUUUCCCGAUGUGUUUGUUGAUGAUAACGUCAUAAUUACAAUAAUCUGAUGUUUCUUUCAGAGAAAAAAAGUAAAAACAGGGUUCAGUGUUAAGGGUUUUGACCGAACAACUGAAAAAAAAUCUGCGGGGGGUAAAAAACUUUUAAAAAAAACAUCAAAAGUGCUGAGGGAAUUGUGUGGGGGUGGGGGGAAAUGUCAAAAUAGCGUUGGAGGAAAAAAAGCCUAAAAUGUCGAAUGUGAAAAAUGUGCAAAGCACAGGGAGCCAACGUGGUUCCUGAUUGGCCGACGGCCCAAACACGGAAGCUGUUAGAUGAACUUUCCCGCCGCGGCGUUUUCCUUUCCCCGCCAUAACGUUGAACCUGGAAUAUAUUUGAGUCUUUGUGGUUUGAAUAGGAAGCCAACGUAGGUGUGACAUCACGCGGCGGCGAAGGCUGGCCGUGUUUGUGACGGGGUCCUCACAGCUGGAGAAUGUAAAUACAGUCUGUCCUUCAUCUGCCUGCAGACAAACUGCUGUAAAAUAUAUCCAACCCAGUUCUUCUCUUCAA